GUGAAGACAGCCAUCAGGUGGCUGUGAAAUUCACAGCGAAAGUAGAAAAUGAGCCGUACAUCAGCCUUCCUGACCAUGCCAAUCCAGUUCCCCUUGAGGUGGCCCUUACAUUGCUGGCCAAUCAAGGUCCCAGCUGUAAAAACAUUAUACAGCUGCUGGAUUGGGAAGACCAUCAUGACCAAUAUAUUAUGGUCCUAGAGCGGCCCUCACCCUGCAUGGAUAUGCAUCUUUUUUGGCUGCAUUAUGACCGCGUCUUCUAUGAGGAGAUGGCCCGUUAUUUUAUGCGCCAAGUCAUUGAUGCUGCUGUUGUCUGCUGUUCUCGGGGGGUCUUCCAUCGGGACAUCAAAAUGUCAAACCUCUUGGUGAACGUGGAGACCCUAGAGGUAAAACUUAUUGAUUUCGGAUGUGGGGACCUCCUGAGAACAUCAUCCUACGACACCUACAAAGGAACAGAAAGGUACUGCCCUCCGGAGUUUAUUGAGAUGGGAGAGUACCAUGGGAAAGCGGCGACAGUAUGGUCACUAGGGGUCCUACUGUUCAGAAUGAUCACAAGCUUUUUCCCAGACUGCUCCGACAUCGCUUACAUGGACGUUAAUAUCUGGUUCCAGACUGGCUACUCAGAUGAAUGCUGCAGUUUUAUUCGGGGUUGCCUUAAAAGCAAUCCUGAGAAGAGGCUGCCUUUGGAUGAGCUGCUCUCCCAUAACUGGUUCAAGAUCACCCUGUAGUCAUGAAGGAGCCCUGCAUCUGGUGGGAUAACAUGGGUUUCCCAUACAUCCUUAUUUUAGAUAGGUUAGCAGCCUUAGCGUCUUGCUGGCAAGCCUUGGUUGCGUCUGGUGCCUUGACUUGAGGCAGUUCAGUUGUUUUCGCGUCUUGCAGAGCGACUGCCUGGGGAUGAAUUUGUUCUCUGUCAUGCCCGAAACACAAGUCCCACUUACUGCCAUGCCAGAGGCCUCUGCCACUAGUGCUGAGCUCCCAGAUGCCAUCUCACCAAUGAAUCAGAAGAUGGCCACUAUGUUGGUCAGCUGCCUUUGGUCCAGAGAUCCUGUCAGGGCCUCUCCAGCAAAUCCAGCAAAGGCUUUGUUAAACAUUCCUGUCACUGCUGCUCCCUAUCCACCAAGUCUCCAGAUGACCAUUUCACAAAUCGUCAGAGCUGCUUAACCUCUUUGGUCCCAGAGGUUACUGCUAAAGCUGCUCUGGUCCAAGACGAGUCUGACUGAGGUCCUCCAUAUUUCCUUUCAUUGGAGAUUCCUUAAGAAAUAUAUUACAGCUUUCAGCCACAAUAACAAAUGAUUGUGAAAAUGCACAAAAAUGUGUUGUUGUUUUUUUUACAGAGAAGCAUAUUAUACUGUAU